GUAUCAAAGUCAUGGUCUAGUUAGAAUAGCAAGGUAGCAUAGCUUGUUUUAAACCUAUAGAUUUAUUAGGUUUGCCUUAGAUUGAGGUCACUACCACCGCCCAGUUAUCAAACAGACAUGAAAACAAACAGAACAUUACAUGUACUGAAAAAUGUAUUAACCUAAAUAAUAGUUUGUGCAGGGAUAAGUGGUAAUAAAUUCAAGUGACUCCUGUUCUUAUAAUCAAAAAUGCGUUUACUAAGUAAACAUUUUUUGGGCUUUUACAGUAAAAUAAGACAUGAAACAACAGGAAGGGGAGGGGUUUUUUCUUCCAAAAAUGACUUUGAAAGUUUUUUGUUUUUUUGUUUUUAUUUAAACGACAUGUGUUUCAGGCUUAAAAGCUGCUGUCAUUUUUUAAAACUCAGAAAUCAUUUGCUUUAUGCUCUGCUCUCUUAUGGCUGUGCCCUAACAACAAAUAACAGCCCGCUAUUAAAACUAUGUGUAAUUAUCUGCUGUGCUUCUCUCUCUCUCUCGUUUGCGUAUUGAAUUUCGCACAUUUACGUGCACAUUUUUAUGCCAAAUGCAAGAAAACCGCAUAUGCAUGCACUUUCUUUGUUCCAAGUUUCCAAGGAUUAGAAGAAAAAAAAAAAACAGCUUGGGGGGAGAAAGGAAACCAAGAUAUGGGCGAGAUUUUCCACACCCAGCCCUCCUCCGGUAAAUAGAGCAAAGGAAAAGCACCUGUCAUGGAAAAUGUGGAGAGAGAGAGACGCGCUCCUGAGCGUCUCCUGCAAACUUUACUUAUCUUCCGCCACAAAGUAAGCAGUUUCGGAGACUCGGGCACGGUUAUGGUCUUAGCCACGAAGCACAGUGACUACAGCUGUGUGUACCUACACGGUGGUGUGAUUGUGAGCGCGCGGUGAGCUCGCGUGCUGCUGGCCACACUUUUGCCUGUGUUUUCUCUCGGGAGUGACUUGCGAGUCGUAUAGUGGCUGGUCUCCGUGGACUUCUACCAACAGUGACAUCUCAAUGUAAAACUGAUUCGACUGAGCCAGUUCACCUGCACUAAGGGUUCUUGGAUACAGACACCAUGCCAGAGGCUGCUAACAUGGUAAACCUGGGCUUCCUGUCUGAAUCCGAGCGGGAGCUGAUCCUGGAGGUGCUGCGACGAGAUGAGAAGCUGAGACAGGCUGAGGACCAGCGUGUGCGGAAGUUGAAGACAGAGCUGCAGGAUGUUAAGAGGAAAGGGGCCAAACGUGCCAGCGAAAAAUACAGUCAGCACAGCUGUGGCCGAUGCCUGGAGCCUUUGAGCCGACUGACUGUUUUUUCCAGCCAGUGUAAGAUGUGCAAUCACAUCAUAUGUCGCAACUGCCGGAUGGUCCUGCCCGAUGGAUCCUGGCUGUGCAACGUGUGUUCCAAAGAAUCUGAUGUCAAGAAAAGGACGGGUGACUGGUUCUACGAUCAGCGGGUCAACCGUUUCUCUACAACACCUGGGCAUGACCUAGUGAGAGUAUCCCUGAGAAAGAAGCAGCCAUCGAAGAAACGAGAGACAGCGGGUGAAGUCCUGUUGAGUAGUCCUGAAAUAAAUUCAGGUCCUCCUAAGUAUCCCUCUCUGACAAAGCAGAAACUUCAGAUGGUUGACAACAGUAAUUCAAGCAGUUAUUCUGGAUCCAUCACUUCAAGGGCAUCAUUGGAAUCAAAGGAGGAGGAAGAAUUAAAGGUCCAAUCAAACUCAAAUCGCAGUGACACGGAGUCUGUAGAAAGUUCCAGUAUAGCCAGCGUUAAAACUGAGACGGAGUCUGGCCAUGUGACCCCUGAGCCUGAGCAACCAAGAACGGAGAACAGCUUUGUUCGAACCAGCCCAGUAGGAUCCAGUAAUUCCAGUCUGACUGUCUCCAUCAAAGCAGAUACUGUCAGCAGUGAAACCACCAACGCAGAGAUCAACACUGCCCCAGAAGUAAAAUCCUCCACUGUAAACCCAGAGCUGGAUGUUGAUAGACUCUUUAAGAAGAGCAUCAAGCGAGGCACAAAACCUGCAGAGUAUGCAUCAACACUGGACCUGCGUAAUGAACGUGACACAUCGGAGGCAUCACUGGGCAAAAGGAGCAGAUCUGUACCAGGCUUGGAUAUACAGGAAGAUGAAGAAGAGGAAGAAGAUAUCGACAGCUUGGUUAGCUUUCAUAGAAGAACGAUGAACUCAAAUUCCUCCAGCCUGCGUGGCUCAAAGAGCACACUGGGCAGCAUGAUGAGCCUUUACAGUGAAGCUGGAGACUUUGACAGUGUGGAGGUGAAGGGAGAUGUUGUGUUCUCUGUAAGUUACGACGAGAGCAGCCAGAGCCUCCAGGUCUUCAUCAAGGAGUGCCAUCAGCUGGCUUAUGGCGAUGCUGCACGGAGUGUCUGCAACCCCUAUGUCAAAUGUUAUCUGCUCCCUGACAAAUCUCGCCAGAGCAAAAAGAAAACCAGCACCAAGAGAAACACUAUAAACCCAGUCUACAAUGAAACUUUAAAGUACUCUAUCAACCGCUCUCAGUUGUCCACUCGCUCCCUCUCGAUAUCAGUCUGGCAUCAUGGUCGCCUCAGCCGCAACGCCUUCCUGGGAGAGGUGGAGAUCCCCUUGGACUGCAGAGACCUCGACUCCCCACAGGAGGAGCGCAUGGCUCUCCUGGCAAAGGCAGCCUCUGUUGUGCCACCUUCAGCUUUUGCUCAGUACAAAGGGGAAUUGAUUAUCUCCUUGAAGUUUGUCACACCUAAAAAGAAAACAGCUGAGAAAACCAAAGACAAAAAAGCCAGGGUGGAGGAAGGAGGAGAGCUGCAUGUCCUAAUAAAGGAGGCAAAGAAUUUGAUGGCAAUGAAGUCAGGAGGCACAUCAGAUAGCUUUGUGAAGGGCUACCUGUUCCCAACUAAGGCAAAGAACUCAAAGAGGAAGACUCCAGUUAUGAAGAAGAACCUGAACCCCCACUACAAUGAAACAUUUGUGUACAAGGAGCUGACUCUGGAGCAGCUGAAGGAGAUGUGUCUGGAGCUGACUGUGUGGGAUAAAGAGUCCUUGCACAGCAAUGAAUUCCUGGGAGGUGUCCGCCUCAGCUCCGGAGAAGGCACAGUAAAGGUGGGCAAAGAGGAGGUGGAGCUGGAUUCGGUUGGAGAGGAGAUUAGUCUCUGGCAGAAGAUGAUGCAGUACCCGGACUCAUGGGCAGAGGGCACUCUUACACUGCGUUCCACUAUGGGGAAGGCGAAGGGCAAAUGAGGACAGCACACGCCUGAGAUGAUGAGAAGCUGUGUCCUGUGAGACUAACAUGGGAUUGUGGAUUAAUUUUAUUUUCUCAAGCUUGUCACACCAGAGCAGGCUGGUCUCUUGAAGUGAGCGGUCACCCAGUUUGUUGUCCUGACACUUCACAGCUGCUCACACCUGCUCUCUCUGCACGGGGUUCAUCUUUAACACGGCCCCCAAACUGCAGAUGGGUGUUAACCUUUGGAAGCGUGCCA